UAAGCUUAUAAAAAGUUAGCUGGUUAGGUGGUCUUCUACCUUUCAAGGACUGUUUCUUCACAGUUUUCCUUUUUGUUUUGCCUGUUUUGGAAUAUAUAGAGCAUAUUUCUUGGUCUUGGUCUUACUGUUUAAGAACUCUUAGAAAGAAAAUUUUCUCUUUUCAUAGGUUUUUGAUCUCUAAAAGUCUUGUUUUUAGUGAAAGUUUUCACAUUUUCUUUUUAAUCCCUUUCCUCCCCUUUUUUUUUUUGGUGUGAUCGAUGGAGGAGAGAUAUGAGCCAGUGAAGGAGCUUGGAUCAGGGAAUUUUGGAGUCGCAAGGCUGGUGAAAGAUAAGAAGACAAAAGAGCUUGUUGCCGUCAAAUAUAUUGAAAGAGGAAAGAAGAUUGAUGAGAAUGUUCAGAGAGAAAUCAUUAACCACCGAUCUUUACGACAUCCAAACAUAAUCAGGUUUAAAGAGGUUGUGGUGACUCCAACACAUUUAGCUAUUGUCAUGGAGUAUGCUGCCGGCGGUGAACUCUUCGAGAGAAUAUGCAGUGCAGGUCGAUUUAGUGAAGACGAAGCUAGGUUUUUCUUCCAGCAGCUAAUAUCUGGUGUCAGCUACUGUCAUUCCAUGCAAAUUUGUCACAGGGAUCUGAAACUAGAAAACACACUCCUGGACGGAAGUCCAACACCACGUCUUAAAAUAUGCGACUUUGGUUACUCCAAGUCUGCAGUGCUGCAUUCACAACCAAAGUCAACUGUAGGAACACCAGCGUAUAUCGCCCCGGAAGUCCUAUCACGAAAGGAAUACGAUGGAAAGAUUGCAGAUGUUUGGUCUUGUGGCGUGACAUUAUACGUGAUGUUGGUGGGAGCAUACCCUUUUGAGGAUCCCGAAGAUCCUCGGAAUUUCCGUAAGACCAUCGGACGAAUAAUGAGUGUCCAAUACACUAUACCCGACUAUGUACGAGUGUCCGCGGAUUGCCGGCAGCUUCUUUCCCGUAUCUUCGUUGCCAAUCCUGCCAAGAGGAUUAGCAUCCCAGAGAUUAAGGAGCAUCCUUGGUUUCUGAAAAAUUUACCGAAAGAAUUAGUCGAAAUCGAAAAAACGAACUAUGCGGAAUCGGUACGUGACCAACCAUCUCAAAGUGUUGAAGAAAUAAUGCGUAUCAUACAAGAGGCUAAGACAACAACAGCCGAAGGAGCCAAAGUUGGUGAACAAGCUGCUGCCGGUUCAUCCGAUCCCGAUGAUGUGGAGGCAGAUUUAGAAUCCGAAAUCGAUGUCAGUGGUGACUUUGAAGCUCCUAUGUGAGAACCUGAUGUUAACUGCUUCAACAGGAUUUGUGCAUCGAGGUUUGGAGUGUUAGUUGGAUUACAGUUUAGAUAUGGUUUUUAUCAUACUGGGAAAAUGCUGUACAGCAGACAUUAACACUGGAUCGGUGUUGCCUUGCUUUGUAUUACCUUGGUGUGAGUGUCUCAUGUUGUAGAUUUCAUACUUUUUGAAGCAUCUUUCAGAAGUGGUUUCAAAGCUUGUAUUGUUUUGCACUACUUUGGACGGUAACAAUGCUAUAAUUGUAUUUUAUAAUUAAUCCACCUAUAACUUAUACUUGUGAAA